AACCAAGGUUGUUACUGCCAAGUUAUUAACUGCACUGCACGAUAAUCUCUUACACCGACUCAUGGCGCGUUAUUCAUCCCCAAAUAACAGAAAGUCGAACUCUCGAAUGCGGUCAAGUAUGUCGAAAGCAUUCAAGUCACCGGUUAAUUCAGACAAAUCACGCUUGUUGGGCCGCAACAGACUUGAUCAAGAUGACGAAGACGAUUCCGCGGACUCUGAUUGGGACGAACACACCCUAAUUGCUCUCCUGGACGACGGGGAGGAGGCUCCCGAUCUUGAAGAUGGUGCAGCUAUUGUUAACCGACUCCAGCCAGCGUUCACUGCUCAUGGGCGGGACGUGAAAAAGCGGUUCAGGGAUACUCUCAUUCCAGUGAUUACUCGAGUAGGAGAGGCUCACAAACUUUUCUCGCAUGAGAUCCACCCAACCUUGCUUCGUGGAGCUGCCCUGUUUCACAACAACUCAAGGGCCCUCGAAGAUGCUGCAAGACGCGAACACGAUCAAGUGGUUUCGACGUUUGCUCGGAUGAAAGAAGCGCUUGGAGGGAUAUCUCUUCAGCUCCAAGAUGUAUGCGCUGAGAGUGACCAGCUCUUUGGUGAAUACGAGAAGGUCAUCAACAGACAUGGUAUUUUUUCCUGGCCUUUUUGGAUUGUGAGCCUGACCACAGAACGGUCCUUCCGUGUAGUCCAACUACUCAGAGAUUACGCGAAAACGGUUCCUGGGGAUAUCGAAAGACUCAUAUCGAAACGUGACAAGACGCACAAGUCGGUCGCAGCCGAAGAUCAUGCAAAAGCCAAGGAGAAACUCCUGCGAGGGAUCCUGGACAGAUACUGAGCGUAGUUUGCCUUUUAUUGCCCGUCAUGUACCUUGCCCGGACUUCGAUCAUGUCACUUUACUGAUUCUGCUCUCCAAUGCCAGUGAACUCAUCACGGAAUUCUCGUAUCAUCUGCAUGACUUACGUUGUUAUUUAAUUGCUACUCUUCAGGCUGUUUUCUUACUGUUACUGGUUAUAAUUAAUCGAGGCUCAGGCUGUUCUAGAUACUUAUAACGUGCCUUGUAUCUGGCGCAUUGCCUGGGCCUCAGUCAAGGAGCUGAAUGGUAGAGUGGAUGUACUUUUCCAGUUAAGAUUAUCAGCUCUGCACGGUUGUCGACCCACUCAUACGAAACCAACGUACUUGCCUUGAACACUGAAUGCCGUCAGGAGUAGAAAAGAAUUUUGUUCACAAAAUACAAUUGUC